UAGCUUGUCCCCACUACGCUAGGUACCAUGGUAGUUCACUUUCUCUCGUGAGGCUGCCCCUGUUGACAAGGCGACGAGCCUUUGUCAGGACAAAUGACCGACAAUCGUGUCCCGAUCAACUACCAGACACCGGCGUUUCCAUCGCUCUAUGAUCCCUUUCCGCGACCAAAUGCUGCCGUCUACUACUUAUACUAUACCCGGGACAUUUGGCGGUUCACGCUCUACUGGACCCUGAUAUUCUACCUGGCGAGCCAUUUGUCGGUGGCCGCUUGGGCCAUAGCGAUGCAGGGCCGGAGCUGGCGGAUUUGUAUUGCAAUUCCACUAGUGUACGGUAUUAUAGCAGGAUUGGAGGCGCUUCUAGCUGGGAGUAUUAUCGGCUUGGUUCUGGGUUCCGUUUACGAGGCGGGUAAUUUUAGGAUGUCGACGUGGAUUCCCAUGAUAUGGGGUGGCAUCAACAUGUUGGUCCUUAUUUUAUCGAGCUUUCCAAUGCAAGGUGGACUGUAAUCCAUACAGAGAAGAGACAUAUGGUUUCGCACAAUGCGCCCUUCAUGGGCUUGAGAUUUGAAACAUGCCUCGAAUAAUGGCAAUCAUACACGACGAACGCGAUGCGGUGUGCAUGCGAUCUUUACUCUAUCGAACGAAUCG